CGCGUAUUGGUAGAACCAGAUGUAAAAUCAGAACAGUUGUUAGAAUAGUUUAAAAGCGGAUGCACAAGAAACCGAUUAACUGUGAUUUUUAAUUGUAGAAAAUGGAUUUUAUCGUUUUUGUUUGUUUCUGUGCUAUUGUUUCAAUGAAGAUUGCCGAAAAUGUAGCUGAUGUGCAGGAAAAUGCGAUUGAAAAAGAAGAAAAAUUCAUGGCAAAAGCAGAAAAAGGUAGCAACAAUAAUCAAGGCCUCGCCAACAAAAUACUACCAUUCCUGAUAAUACCGUUUCUGAUAUCGUCCGCUAUAAUUCCCCUUAUGCUGAUAUCCAUCAAGUUUUUAAUGGCAAAGGCGAUAUUUGUUGGAAAAAUUGCUGUUGCUUUAAUGCUGGUGAGUUUCCUUAGAAGAAGAGCUACCGGAGGCGGAGUAUUUAACCAUUAUGAUCCCAACAUUGCCGAAGAGCAUUACGGAUACAAGGGAAUCGAGGAACUUGGAGUUUAUAUACAUAAAAGAAGAAAAAAGAGAAAAUAA